AAGGAACUCACACACUGAAAGAAUAUCUUUGAUGAAGACAAUUCAAGCAAGCUGAAUGAUUACUACAACAGAAACACAUGAUUAAUUGAGAGCUUGCAGUGGGUCCGGCGAAUCCUCGCCACCUAACUUAUCAUGGUUUGGGGCAGUUUGACGAGAAUCCAGUUUUGAUAAAACAAUUGUUUUUUUCCUCCCCAAGUGACUAUACAUUUAAAUAGCUAAAACAUCUGUUCAGCAACAUAGUAAAACAUGUAUACUCGGAACGCUUGAGAGAAGAGCCUGCCAAACCCUCAGUUGAGAGGGACUUUGCUGAGGGGGAGCACCAAGAUAAAGCAACCACUGUUUGUUUUGUCUAGUCAGGGGGAAAGCCAAGGCAACCAAUAUUUUUGGUUUUACAAAUUUCAUUGUGAAGAAUUAUUUGAGAAAGGGUGGCAAGGGGAGAUUCCCUGACGGGAAUUUUUUAAGCUGUCCAUUAGCAGUGCAAGAGAGCCUUGGAUGUCAACACCUAACAGACUCUUGAGACCAGCUACUAAACCACGAAAAGUGACUUUCUUCUCCAGUGUUCUUUCCGGCCCUUCUGAUGGAAGCAGAAACAGGGAGCAGCGUUGAGACUGGAAAGACAGCCAACAGGGGCACUCGGAUUGCCCUGGUUGUGUUCAUCGGUGGCACCCUGGUGCUGGGCACGAUCCUCUUUCUAGUGAGUCAAGGUCUCCUAAGUCUCCAAGCUAAACAGGAGUACUGCCUGAAGCCAGAAUGCAUCGAAGCUGCUGCUGCCAUCCUGAGUAAAGUGAAUCUGUCUGUGGAUCCUUGUGAUAAUUUCUUCCGGUUCGCUUGUGAUGGCUGGAUAAACAAUAAUCCAAUUCCUGAAGAUAUGCCAAGCUAUGGGGUUUAUCCUUGGCUAAGACAUAAUGUUGACCUCAAGUUGAAGGCACUUUUGGAGAAAUCAAUCAGUAGAAGGCGGGACACUGAAGCCAGACAGAAAGCCAAAAUCCUUUAUUCAUCCUGCAUGAAUGAGAAAGCGAUUGAAAAAGCAGAUGCUAAGCCACUGCUACAUAUCCUGCGACAUUCACCAUUUCGCUGGCCUGUGCUCGAAUCUAAUAUUGGUCCUGAAGGGGUUUGGUCAGAGAGAAAGUUCAGCCUUCUGCACACACUUGCGACAUUUCGUGGUCAAUAUAGCAAUUCUGUGUUCAUCCGUUUGUACGUGUCCCCUGAUGACAAGGCAUCCAAUGAACAUAUCUUGAAGCUGGACCAAGCAACACUCUCCCUGGCUGUGAGGGAAGACUACCUGGAUAACAGCACAGAAGCCAAGUCUUAUCGGGAUGCCCUUUACAAGUUCAUGGUGGAUACUGCAGUGCUUUUAGGAGCUAACAGCUCCCGAGCAGAGCACGACAUGAAGUCAGUGCUUAGGCUGGAAAUUAAGAUAGCUGAGAUAAUGAUUCCGCAUGAAAACCGAACCAGUGAGGCCAUGUACAACAAAAUGAACAUUUCUGAACUGAGUGCUAUGAUUCCCCAGUUUGACUGGCUGGGCUACAUCAAGAAGGUCAUUGAUACCAGGCUCUAUCCCCACCUGAAGGACAUCGGCCCCUCAGAGAACGUGGUGGUCCGCGUCCCCCAGUACUUUAAAGAUUUGUUUAGGAUAUUAGGCUUUGAGAGGAAGAAGACCAUUGCCAACUAUUUGGUGUGGAGAAUGGUUUAUUCCAGAAUUCCAAACCUCAGCAGGCGCUUUCAGUAUAGGUGGCUGGAAUUCUCACGGGUAAUCCAGGGGACCACAACGUUGCUGCCCCAAUGGGACAAGUGUGUAAACUUCAUUGAAAGUGCCCUCCCUUAUGUUGUUGGAAAAAUGUUUGUGGAUGUGCACUUCCAGGAAGAUAAGAAGGAGAUGAUGGAGGAAUUGAUUGAAGGUGUUCGCUGGGCCUUUAUUGACAUGCUGGAGAAAGAAAACGAGUGGAUGGACACAGAAACAAAAAGAAAAGCCACAGAAAAGGCAAGAGCUGUUUUGGCAAAAGUUGGCUAUCCUGAGUUUAUAAUGAAUGAUACUCAUGUUAAUGAAGACCUCAAGGCAAUCAAGUUCUCAGAGUCUGACUACUUUGGCAAUGUACUGCAAACCCGCAAGUAUUUAGCACAGUCUGACUUCUUCUGGCUAAGAAAAGCUGUUCCAAAAACAGAGUGGUUUACAAAUCCAACCACGGUCAAUGCCUUCUACAGUGCAUCUACCAACCAGAUCCGAUUUCCAGCAGGAGAGCUCCAGAAGCCUUUCUUUUGGGGAACAGAGUAUCCUCGAUCUCUGAGUUACGGUGCUAUAGGAGUAAUUGUCGGACACGAAUUUACACAUGGAUUUGAUAAUAAUGGUAGAAAAUAUGAUAAAAAUGGAAACCUGGAUCCUUGGUGGUCUGCAGACUCUGAAGAAAAGUUUAAAGAAAAAACAAAGUGCAUGAUUAACCAGUAUAGCAACUAUUAUUGGAAGAAAGCUGGCUUAAAUGUAAAGGGGAAGAGGACCCUGGGAGAAAAUAUUGCUGAUAAUGGAGGUCUGCGGGAAGCAUUUAGGGCUUACAGGAAAUGGAUAAAUGACAGAAGGCAGGGAGUUGAGGAACCUCUUCUACCUGGCAUCACAUUCACCAACAAUCAGCUCUUCUUCCUGAGUUAUGCUCAUGUGAGGUGCAAUUCCUACAGACCAGAAGCUGCCCGGGAACAAAUCCAAAUUGGUGCUCACAGCCCUCCUCAGUUUAGGGUCAAUGGUGCAAUUAGUAACUUUGAAGAAUUCCAGAAAGCUUUUAACUGUCCACCCAAUUCCACGAUGAACAGAGGCAUGGACUCCUGCAGACUCUGGUAGCUGAACCACUGGGUUGUGCCAUCCUGAGAAAGCUGCACACGGCUAGCAUAUUGCCCACUGCUCUAGGUCUAUAUUCCUCUGAAGAAUUCCAUUCUUAAUGUACUUUCAUUACUUAGGUAGAUGACCUGCUUGGAUCUAAAUGGCAUUUGCUCAAUGUUAUAGGGCUGAAAAAAUGGAAUACAAGAAAUAAACCAAAUAUGUUUCUUUAGAAAACCAAAUCAACAAAAAUAAAUUCCUAGGCUACUUUUGUUAAA